ACCCCUCCAAAACUCUAGCUAGCCUUAGCAUGUUAAUCUCCUAUAUAUAGAAACCCAAAGGCCACGCAAUUGUUCACUUCUUAAAAAAAAAACAAAAAAAACAAAAAAAAACCCACUCUCUCUAGUCUCUUCUAUGAGAACCAAAAGAAUGGCUAGUACCGUUGUCCUUGACCCAACUCUACGCAUAAAACCCACCAAAAAAAACCCUCCAAUAUUCAUCAACAACGUUGUGGAAGAAAUUGAAGGUCUCAUUCGAGUCUACAAAGAAGGAAAAGUCGAAAGACCCCAAAUUGUUCCAUGUGUUGAGGCCUCGUUUUUGUCACCAGAAUAUCAAGGAGUGGUGAAUUCUAGGGACAUUGUAAUUGACAAGUCCAAAAAUAUUUGGGCACGGUUUUAUGUCCCAAUUAGUGUCACAAGCCAAUUAGCCCAUACUCGUAGUAAUAAUAAUAAACUCCCUUUGCUAGUUUACUUCCAUGGAGGUGGGUUUUGUGUUGGAUCAGCUGCUUGGAGUUGCUACCACGAAUUCUUGUCCAAAUUAUCCUCCAACUUAGGGUGCUUAAUUAUGUCGGUAAAUUACCGUUUAGCCCCUGAAAACCCUCUCCCUACUGCUUAUGAAGACGGGUUCAAAUCCCUCAAUUGGCUAAAGCAACAAGCAGCACCGGCGGCGGCGAUGACGACAGUAAAAAGCCACAAUAGUGAAUGCUAUUGGUGGUGGAGACACUGCGACUUCUCUAGAAUCUUCCUAAUUGGGGACAGUGCCGGCGCCAACAUCACCCAACACUUAGCUACUAGUCUAGCUUCUUAUAAUCUUACACCUUUGACUUUUCGGGGAUCGGUCCUCUUACAACCCUUUUUUGGGGGCAAGGCAAGGACCAACUCUGAAAGGCUUGUGGCACAGUCCCCGAGGUCCACAUUGAGCCUGCAGGCGUCCGACACGUACUGGCGGCUGGCUCUGCCUCCGGGGGCCAACCGCGACCAUCCGUGGUGCAAUCCUUCGGCUAAUUCGGAGAGUUUAAGACAUGUUUUACCGGUGAUGGUGUGUGUUUCGGAGAUAGAUAUUUUGAGAGACAGGAAUUUGGAGUUUUGUGCUGCUUUGAGCAAAGCCGGAAAGAAGGUGGAGUGUAAAGUGUACGAAGGUGUAGGGCAUGCGUUUCAGAUUCUGAGUAAGUCUGAGCUAUCGCUGAUGAGAUCAAAUCAAAUGAUGGCUCAUAUUAAGGCCUUCAUUAGUCGAUACUAAUAUACUAGCUAAUUAAUGUCUAAUGUAGAAAAUUAUUCUCCGCUAAUUUUUCACCGUCCUGCGUAGAAAGCUCGUGUGUAUUUCAUUUUGUUUAAAUAGAAGAUCUUGCUGUAUAAACCAUCAUGUAUGUAUAUUUUCCCACAAAAGAAAACGUGUAUAUGUAUAUUGUAUAAACUUCGAAAGCAGUCAUUACAUUUAUUUUCUUUUUUUCUUUUUG